UCUUCUCACCCGACACUCCGACGCAUCCGCUGUAUAAAACACUCGUGCACAUAAUAUAUGUAACCCGAUCCUGCAGUCGUGUGUGCGCGCGCCCGUGUCUCCCGUGCAAACAGCGUUGUCUCAAGUGGAGGCUGUAGAGAGAGAACGAAAGUAAAGAGAUAAAGUGGCCAAAAAAAAGGGAAAAAAGGAAGUGAAGGGGAGCAUGAGGGGAGUGACGAACCGAUCGAAUGUCACUCGCCUCUUGUCGCAGUUGCAGCAUUGACCAUCGGCAUCGAUCGCGCUUAGGCCUAAAGGGCGAAUGCAGCCUCGGCGUCGUGCCAUCGAACGCCCGAAAACGAGCCUUCCAGAGCCACCUUGUACGAGCGAUUAUUCCCGGCUUGAAGCGCAACUCGCUCGGCAUCGGGACCACCAAGAGCCCCAAGGAGCCACCGCGUGCGAGGCGACGGAGGGCGAGGUCUCUGUCAUUUGGUGAUAAUCGGAGGAUCAAGAUAGUAGGUGACGACGCGGGCCAAAGUGUCGGGGCCGGGGCCGGCGGGGGCCCGCGGUAAGCUCAGGCCGCGGUGAUGGACAAUGAGCAGCCCCACCAAGAGCUGGUUAAGUGCGUGGUCGUCGGUGACACGGCGGUCGGCAAGACCCGGCUGAUCUGCGCCCGGGCCUGCAACAAGCACGUCUCGCUCUCCCAGCUGCUCACGACACACGUGCCCACAGUCUGGGCCAUCGAUCAAUACAGGAUCUACAAAGAUGUGUUGGAGCGCUCCUGGGAGGUCGUCGACAACGUGAACGUGUCGUUGCGGCUGUGGGACACCUUUGGCGAUCACGAGAAAGAUCGAAGAUUCGCCUACGGGAGAUCAGACGUGGUUCUACUAUGCUUUUCCAUCACGAACCCCGUGUCGCUGAGAAAUUGCAAGGCGAUGUGGUACCCGGAGAUCCGUCGCUUUUGCCCCCAAACUCCGGUGCUGCUGGUAGGCUGCAAGAACGAUCUGCGGUACAUGUACCGCGACGAGACCUACCUCAGCUACUUUCGCGAUCGCAGCCCCUUUGUCAGGGCCACGCGAAAAAGCGACCUCGUGAUGCCGGAUGAGGCACGUGCGGUUGCUCGCGAGUUGGGCGUCUGUUACUACGAGACGAGCGUCUUCACGUACUACGGCGUCAACGAAGUCUUUGAGAAUUCCAUCAGGGCCGCCCUCAUAGCUCGGAGACAGCAGAGGUUCUGGAUGACGAACCUCAAGAGGGUCAAGAGACCUCUGCUCCAGGCGCCGUUUUGUCCGCCAAAGCCAAUGCCACCGGAGGUUUGUCUGGCGACGAGCACCUACGAGGAGAACAUCAAGUCCCUGUGGACGAGGCUCGAUCACACGGACGUGACGAUCGUCGCGGGAAACUGUUCUUUUUUCGCCCAUCGGUGCAUACUCGCUUCGGCCUCGCCGGCUUUCCAUCGGCUGUUUACCAUGGAACUCGUUCAGGAGUACACGCCCCGCAGCUCCAGCGAAUCUAGUAUGGUCAGCUCAUUUGGCGAGGCUACGGUGGGCGAGUUCAACGACGACACGGAGUGUCUGAUUCGCAUCGACCAGAGCAAACCCAAUAAGGUUUGGGAUCAGAUAAAGAGACGCUCGAGUUUCCAAGUGCUGCCAACAGUGGAGAGCCAAAGAAAAUCGAUCGGAGCUAGUAGGGAACUAAAUCAUGCUGCCUUCCAAAAUAUUCGCGUAACCGUGAUUGACAUUAAUGGUGUUCAUCAGCAGACUACAGUUGUGACCUUGUCGAAGCUCAUAACGAGCCAAACGAUGCAACAGUGCCUGCAAUUCAUUUAUACGGGCAAUUUGGACAAGCGUUACCACGAUCUGAAAACAGCUCCUAUCGGGCUCCUUCUGGAGAUCCGCCAAGCCGCCGAAUUUCUCGAGCUACCCCAGCUCCUGAUGAUGCUCAACAACAUGCAGUCGCGCGAACAGUACAUGAACAGCGACCUGAACAACCAGUACAAGCAGAUCGUGCGUCAGAGGCUCGAGACCUUCUGCCUCGAACAGGGACUGUUUGCCGACGUGGUGUUCGAGCUGGACGACGGCUGUCUACCGGCGCACAGGGCCAUUUUGACCGCCCGCUGCGACAUGAUGAAGGCAAUGUUUUCGGGGGACUUUCGCGAGAGCAGCGCCAAAAUCAUCGCGUUUCCGGGGGUGCGGGAGUACACCUUCCACAAGCUCCUCUGCUACCUGUACACGGACGAGGUGCCGGCUAUAUCGUCCGUGCGCUGCCUGAACCUCCUCGAGCUGGCGAACCGGCUGUGCCUGCCGAGGCUCGUCAAUCUCGUCGAGAGCCGGGUCAUCGAGGACCUGGACAGGCUAUCGCAGAACGACGGCAACGAGGCGGUGGAGAACUGCCUGCGACUGCUCGAGCCCUGCAAGUUGCACAACGCGGAUCAGCUGGCCGACUGGUGCAUGAACCACUUGUGCGUCAAUUACAACAAACUGUGCAAAAUGUCACCCAAAAGCCUUCGACUGCUGCACCCGGAGAACCAAGAGUAUCUCAGCGAGCACCGCUGGCCGCCUGUUUGGUACCUAAAAGACUACGACUACUACCAAAAGUGUUUGGCGGAGCAGGACCGCGAGAGCAAGCCGACCCUCAAGCGCAACCGCAACCAAUCGUCGAGCAACAGCAGCAACAAGGGCAGUAGCAGCAACUACAACAGCAACAAGCACAGCGUGAGCAACGGUAGCUCGGGUUGUCUCUGCUUCUCUAGCUCGUCGAGCAAACCGAGCCGGCACUCGGGCUCGGCCGGCGCCCUGACCACCUCGGCGACCGCGACGACCACCGCCAGCGAAGCCACGGCCUUCGAGGCGAUCGCGGCCGGCGCCGAGGAGGACGUAUGACAGGGGCCGAGCGGCCCCGGCCGCUCCGUCGGAUACUUCUUCUUCGUCCUGCCCGUCGUCCUCGUCCUCGUCCUCGUGUGCGUCAUUUUUACCAUUUUGAUACUCGUACAGUUUUAUACUUGAAGCAUUACUAAUUGCCAUCUGGAGGACAAGCGAAACAACCUACACCCUUACGUGAUGUAUUAACUCGCUUACGCGCCGUUGGGUUGACCUUAUAUACGUAGACCGUUGGGAGCGUUUUUUUUUUUCGUGACGAAUUUUCCGACGGACGAUUAUCGGUCUUUUGUUUUCUUCGUACGCCCUCUUUUAUUUUCUCUUUGCACGGUUUUGUCUCUCGUUGUUUGGAUAUUUCUUUUUUUUCUUCUUUUCUUUUGAUGCGAUGCGUAUCGUUUUUAGAGUCAUAAUGAUCACAUGUCGUCGUUUUUUUAUGGAAUUUUUUACAUUUCCCUCAUUUGUACUCGAGCGGGGAAUGAUGAGCCAUUUACUUUUUAUCGAUCGAUGCCAAGAUUUCGAUGAAUUUUUCAUUGUUUCAUUUGUAGAGCAAACGAAAGUCUUUCGUUAAACGCGUUAAUUGCAUAGUAAUUUUUUUACAUUUUAGAAUAUAAUUACGUAUAAUUUUUUUAUUUUUAAAAAAAGUGUAGUUAAACAUGAAAAGUGAAGAUAACCCUGUAAGUUGGUAUGAGUUGAAAAGCAAUAAAAUAUGUGAAAAGCUGUGUAUUUUUCUACGGAUUUUGGAAGUGUUGCGAACUGAGGAUAUUUUAUCGAGAGUUGAAUAAAAAAAAAAAUAAAAAAAAAGAGUCAAGUUCUUGAACUGAUGGCGAAAAGUAAGAAUAUUUUUUUGGCGAAUUGAUACAGUUGAUCCGUUGCGAAUUUUUAUACGUUUGUGGUGAAACAUCAUUAUCUGUAAUGUAAUCUGAAAGGAUUCGUUCGGAAGGGAAAAUAAAAAAAAAUCUUAAAUUGAAUAUUAGGUACACGUAAUAUAAAUAAAAAUACAUGCGCUCUUCAAUCAACUUUGUAUAAAAGAAAUACUUUUGGUCGAAACUUGAAAAAUAAAGUAUAGUGGGAAAACCGUAAACUAAAUAAUUUCAGUGAAAUGGUUAUUUGUUCUCUUUUAACAUACACAUAGAUACGAAAAAAAAAUGUUAAUUAGAAAUCAAACAACUAUAGGGCUAGAUAUUUCUUGUUCGUGUCCUUUGUAAAAAAAAAAACGGACAAAAAAAAAUUUAAAAAAAAUUAAAAUAUCGAUUGGUUGUAUAAAACAGAAAAGCAUAUCAAAUGACAAUUCAAAAAAAUACUUCAAACUUUAUUAAAAAAUAACAAACGUGUAUACGUACACAAGCAAAUACAUUUUAAAAUAAUACCGCAAUUACUUCGCUCGAAGGGGAAAAGCAGUUUAAUAUCAAAGGGGGCAGAGAGAA